AUGGUAACGGAGCCGGCGGAUUUGAUGCAAAUGGAGAAGCUUGAACAGCUGAACGGGCUGGGGCAAUGGGACGAACUGGAGCGGCUGGAGGAGCCGAAGAAAGCAACGGAGCCGGCGAAUCUGACGCAAGUGGAGAAGCUCGAACAGUUAGAGGGGAUGGAGCAAUGGAGCGAGCUAGAGCGGUUGGAGGAGCCGAAGAAAAAGCGGCCCGAGCAAACAGAGGAGCUGGAGAUAUCAGAUCGGCUUGCGGAGGUGCAGGGGCCAAAGCCCUGGGAGCUGCUGAAGCAGCUGGAGCAGGAGCAGCGGCAACAGGUCGGCUUGUUGAAAAAUUCUCCCUGA